CUGAGGGGUUUGAUGUGAAAACAGGAGGGACUGUUGAGCAGCAGAGGUCCUGGUCGCGCGCCUCCCUCCUCGGUGACGUCACGCAGGAGGAGGGAUGGCGCUUUAAAUAUGGAAAAAGACCAGCAGCGCGCAGAGUCCACACGCGUCCACAGCAGCGGCUUUUCCCUUUUGACAUGUUGUCCCGGGACGAGCCGAGCGCGCGCAGCUGGGUCUGAAGAUUUAACUUAGAACCAGAACCGCAGCUUUUUCUUUCAACUCUUUUUUUUAAAAUUUAGUUUAAAAGAACGCGCCGCAGUGAGCCGAGCCACGCAGGAGGAAGAGACGGAGACAGCUGCUGGACACCAGGCUGGAAAGACCAAAACCUGCCGCCAUGAGUUCCGAUAAGAGCAAAAUGGAGGAUGAAGCCGUGCUGGACCGAGGAGCGUCCUUUGUUAAACACAUCUGUGACGAGGAGGAAGUGGAAGGUCACCACACGGUGUACAUCGGCGUUCACGUUCCCAAGAGCUACCGCCCGAGGAGGAGACGCCACAGACGCAAGUCCAGCCACAAGGAGAGGCGGGAACGGGCCGAGCAGAGCGUGGAAGUCUACAAGUCGGACUUGGAGAACGCAGACGAUUCCUGCACCAACAUCCUCAAACCUCUCAUUUCUCCUGCUGAGAGGAUUCGGUUCAUCCUCGGAGAGGAGGAUGACGGCCCACCACCUCCUCAGCUCUUCACGGAGCUGGAUGAACUCCUGUCUGUGGACGGGCAGGAGAUGGAGUGGAAAGAGACGGCCAGAUGGAUCAAGUUUGAGGAGAAGGUGGAGAAGGGUGGCGAGCGCUGGAGCAAGCCUCACGUCGCCACGCUGGCUUUACACAGCCUGAUGGAGCUGAAAUCCUGCAUCGAGACGGGCACGGUCAUGCUGGACAUGGAGGCCUCCACGCUGCCUCAGGUUGUUGACAUGAUCGCCGACAACCAGAUUGAGUGCGGACAGUUAAAGGCGGACCUGAAGGAGAAGGUUGUGUACACUCUACUGAGGAAGCAUCGCCACCAAACCAAGAAGUCCAACCUGCGUUCUCUUGCUGAUAUUGGCAAGUCUGUUUCCAGUGCAAGCAGGCUGUUUUCUAGCCAAGAGAAUGCAUGCUACUCUCUCGAUCCCUCUGUGCCUUGUUUAACUCCACGACUCUCGCCGGAAUCAUGUGAGGUCAGGAGGAGCUCCAGCACGGGAUACCUCUGGAGUCCAACUACCACCCAUCGCAACCUGACUUCCAACAGCCUGAGUGAUUUCUCUGACAAACCAGAGAAAGACCAGCUCAAGAACAAGUUCAUGAAAAAGUUGCCCCGUGAUGCUGAGGCGUCGAAUGUCCUCGUUGGAGAGGUGGACUUCCUGGAAACCCCCUUUGUUGCUUUUGUCCGUCUGCAGCAAGCCGUCAUGCUGGGAGCACUGACUGAAGUGCCCUUGCCCACAAGGUUUCUUUUUGUGCUGCUGGGUCCUAAAGGAAAAGCAAAGUCUUACCGUGAGAUUGGACGAGCCAUCGCUACACUGAUGUCGGAUGAGGUCUUCCAUGAUAUUGCAUACAAAGCAAAGGACAGGAAGGACCUGCUGGCUGGAAUCGAGGAGUUUCUGGAUGAAGUGAUCGUCCUGCCUCCUGGGGAGUGGGACCCUGACAUCAGGAUAGAACCGCCCAAAUCUUUGCCCUCCUCGGACAAAAGGAAGAACAUGUAUUCCGGACAGGAGGCCCCUCAGAUGAACGGAGACACCCCUCACGAAGCGGGACAUGGUGGAGGAGGUGGAGGAGGAGGAGGAGGAGGAGGAGGGGGGCACCAUGUUGGAGAGGAGCUUCAGCGAACAAGAAAGUUCUGUGGGGGUCUCGUCCUGGACGUGAAGAGGAAACUCCCAUUUUUCGCCAGCGACUUCUACGACGCUCUGAACAUCCAGUCCCUGUCCGCCAUCUUGUUCAUCUAUCUGGGCACCGUCACCAACGCCAUCACAUUUGGAGGCCUGCUCGGAGAUGCUACUGAAAACAUGCAGAGACAACGGCUUCGACUACCUGGAGUUUCGGCUGUGGAUCGGCCUGUGGUCGGGUUUUCUCUGUCUGGUGCUGGUGGCCACAGACGCCAGCUUCCUGGUGCAGUAUUUCACACGUUUCACAGAGGAAGGCUUCUCCGCACUCAUCAGCUUCAUCUUUAUCUACGACGCUUUCAAAAAGAUGAUUAAGCUGGCCCAUCACAACCCCAUCAACUCGGAGUACAAUCCGAACCUGGUCACUCAGUACGGCUGCCGCUGCGAGCCGGCGGGCAAUGCGUCAGACCUCCUUAAUAUUUCUGCCUGGACAACCAGUACUGAUCUGCCGGAGAAUGCCAGCUGGGCGACGCUGACCAAGCAGCAGUGUGAGCUGAUUAACGGGCGACUGGUCGGAGAUGCCUGCGGCUUCGUGCCUGACAUCACCCUCAUGUCCUUCAUCCUGUUCUUUGGGACCUACACCUGCUCCAUGAGUCUGAAGAAGUUCAAGACCAGCAGAUUCUUCCCCACGACAGUGAGGAAACUCAUCAGUGACUUCGCAAUCAUCUUGACCAUUCUUCUCUUCUGCGGCAUGGAUGCCUUAGUCGGUGUGGACACUCCAAAGUUGAUCGUGCCUAGUGAAUUCAAGCCAACAAGUCCACUGAGGGGCUGGUUCGUUCCUCCGUUUGGAGGAAACCCCUGGUGGGUGUACUUGGCAGCUGCACUUCCUGCUCUGCUGGUCACCAUUCUUGUAUUCAUGGACCAGCAGAUCACUGCUGUGAUAGUCAACAGGAAAGAACACAAACUUAAGAAAGGUGCAGGGUAUCACCUGGACCUGUUCUGGGUGGCCAUCCUGUUGGUAGUUUGCUCCUUCAUGGGGCUGCCGUGGUACGUGGCUGCCACCGUCAUCUCCAUCGCUCACAUCGAUUCUCUGAAAAUGGAAACGGAGACGUCGGCGCCCGGAGAGCAGCCCAAGUUCCUGGGUGUCAGGGAACAAAGAGUUACUGGGAUCCUUGUGUUCCUUCUGACGGGACUCUCUGUCUUCAUGGCUCCGAUCCUCAAGUUCAUUCCCAUGCCUGUGCUCUACGGUGUGUUUCUCUAUAUGGGUGUGGCGUCACUCAAUGGUGUCCAGUUCAUGGAUCGCCUGCAGCUGCUCCUCAUGCCUGCCAAGCACCAACCGGACUUGAUCUACCUGCGCCACGUCCCCCAGAGACGAAUCCACCUCUUCACCUUCAUCCAGGCCGUGUGUCUGGCCCUCCUCUGGAUCCUCAAGUCCACUGGGGCCGCCAUUAUUUUCCCUGUCAUGAUUUUGGCGUUGGUCGCUGUCCGAAGGGCAAUGGACUACGUAUUCUCCCAACACGACCUCAGCUACCUGGAUGACGUGAUUCCAGAGAAGGACAAGAAAAAGAAAGAGGACGAGAAGUCAAAAAAGAACAAGAAGAAAGGAAGCAUCGACAGUGAAAUCGACUUUUCCGACUACCCCUUCCAUGAAAGUAUCCCCACUAUAAAAAUCUCUAUGGAGAUGAUGGAGCAGGAGCCCAUGUUGGGGGAUAAAUCUAUGGAUAGAAAUAAACCGCAGACUUUCCUUGACCCCAAUUCACCGUGCUGAGCACUACUUUGACUGUCCCGCUGUUUAAACUUGGUGGAGGUUCGUUCUCUUACGGUUCCCCCUCGAUUUCGGAUCGAUCGGGAAGAAAAUGUAUUCUUCGGGAAGAAGAGCUCUGAAACUGAACUGUGACAGGAUUCUCCAGAAGCCCAGCAUAUCGACGUGACGACAGCCAUCUGUUCGUUUUGUACCACAGUGCCGACCCCUAACUGUGUUUUUAUCUCUUUUUUUUUCUCUUUUUUUUCACUUGAAGUUUUAAAUCCAAGCAGCUGGAAUGAUUUGUCUCAGCACUCCAACGGUACGGAAUAAGGAACAAAGACUCUCAAGUGAAUCUGUUUUCACACCUGCAUGAUUUCCUGCAGAAAAGGGCUACUACAGACUGUUUAAACCAGUGUUUUUGAGAUUAUUGAUGGAAACGGUAAUCAUUUAUUUAAUCACCAAAGAGGUCCAGGCUGUAUAGAGAGCUUUAAACUUUACAACUCAUUUACUUAACAGAAAAACAUCCUUCAGUUUAAAAAUGUUUUAUGAACAAAUAUAAAUAUAAAAUACUUAUUUUAUUCUAGGGUUGGAAGCUUUUAAAUCCAAACUGCUGUAAUCUUUAAACAAAUCUGUGCACAUUCAGCAGCAGGGUUCAAUAAAUUUGAUGAAAUGUUUAUUGAAUGUUUUGAGUUCAUGUUGAUCAGUUUUAUUUAAAGCUUUAUUUCACCAAUGGUGGAUUUUUUUUUUUUUCCCUCUCAUGUCUUCCUGUGGUCUCUGUUGUAUUUUCCCUGUUUUAGGGAGUUUUUAGGGACGUAAUCACAACUUCACUUAGCUUAACUUUACUGUUUAACAAUUUCUGAUCACUUCACUGUAAAACAUCUCUCAGCUUCCACUUGUGUAAUGUGUGUAUUUUUUGUUUUCCUGUUAGAAAACAAUGUUAAAGUGAAAUCAUUUAAGGGCGAUUCUGCCUCACUUUUCACUAAUAGUUGAAAAAAAAAUACAUUUUGUUUUAUUUUAACAUUUAAAAUGUGCAUUAAUUUAUGAUAAGUCUAAUUAAUAUUUCAAAAUGAUUCUAUGAACUGAGUGUAAUCAACUCAAUCUGUUAAUUUAAUUUAAUUUUUUUUAUCAUGUUAAGAGAGAAACCAAUCCAGGGUCUGAUAAUUGGAUGAUUUCAUUUGAGUAAUUUUCUUUUAAAGUUAUGAUUGAACAGAAAAAAAAUCAUCCAAGAUCUGACUGUGGGGGGUUUUCUGCUUUUUUAAAGUGUAAAAUGAUAAAGUUUGUACAGCUUCAGUGAACAGAUAUUCUUCAAAACCUAUUUAGAAGAAAAGCAUCUUAUUUAUUGUCCAAAUAUUAAUCAAAUGAGUUGAUUCUCCUGUUGCUGAUUAAAAUGUACGUAUUUAUUCCUCAACACCAGCACUCAGUUUUACUUUUGCUCUUUGACUCGUUUCACACCCAUCUGAGUUUAAAACUUGAAGUUCAUGUUGCUUUUGACCCGAUUCACACUGUCUUCCACAUUGUUCUGUAAUCUGUACAUCUGGACCUUUUCACUUCCUAACUGACUCUAAUUGUUUCAUUUUUUUAUGUUGUACAACUGAAAUCAGUUUUAUACAAUCUUCUGAUAUGUUCAAUUAACUGUAGGUUACGCAGGAAGGAAAAAAAAUGUCAGUGUUUUUCUAUGAAGUACUGUUUUCAAUGAGAGCAAUAAAAGCAACAAAUGAUUCUUAAA